AUGGAUAUUGUGUUCCACCCCGGUCAGAAUGGGUCCGCACCCUGGGUAGAGUUCUAUCCUUAUACACCAUCCGCAACAGCCGGGUAUGCCUUCAUGGGUAUCUUUGGUGUUUCAACCCUUGCACACAUCGUUUUGAUGUUCCCUUUCCGUGCUGCUUACUUCAUUCCCUUAAUAUUGGGCGGAAUAUGUGAAACCUUCGGUUACUAUGGUCGAGCCUGGUCUCAUGAAUCCCGGUUUGAGAUCAGUUCAUGGGCACUACAGGAGAUGCUCAUUCUUUGUGCACCACCCCUCGUCGCAGCCACGGUUUAUAUGGUUCUUGGUCGCAUCAUACGCUCUUUCGAUGCCGAGCAUCACUCAAGUAUGCGCGUCAAGUGGCUCACUUUUGUCUUCGUCAUGAACGACGUCUUGUGCUUCUGCACGCAGCUGGGAGGUGCAGGCGUGCAGGUGACGGGUGACCAGAAUAUCAUGAAGAUCGGCAAGAAAGUCGUGUUGGCAGGCUUGAUCUUCUCUUUGGUUGUCUUUGCGUUCUUCAUCUAUAUUGCGGCCAAGUUCCAUCGGCGUCUUCAACAACGGCCGACUCCCAUCCUCAAUCACCACCCCGAUCUUCCCUGGCAGCGAUACAUGUGGGCAAUCUACGUUUCCUGUGCUGCGUUGAUGGUGCGCAAUCUGGUCCGAACCAUUCAAUUUGGAGCUGGCCAGAAAACCGAUGUCAACACCAAGGAGGUAUACAUCUAUGUGUUUGAUGCAUUCUUGAUGUUUUUCUCCAUGCUGGUCCUUAUCAUUUACCACCCCGGUCGACUGAUCAAGAGAGCUCGUCGUCUUGCCAAGAAUGGUAUGUUCCGGCAGUCUAGCGACGGAAACUCCGCGCAUAUACUGUUGUCUGAUUGCGAGAUGGGACAGCGUCCGGCCAAACUGUACAUAUUAACUCACAAUUCGAAUCCUGAUCCAAGUUGGCUCGAAAUCUUUGAUAUCCCGGACAUGUUAGAUCUAAAUUUACUAAAAGAGCAGAAUCGUGGUUCUACUCCAAAAUUGGUGCCGUCAAAAGGCGAUGCAGAAGGAUUUGCUUGUCGGGAUCGGGGUACCGAUGGGGCUAGCGCCUUUGGACCGUUGCAUCGACUCCAGUUCUUUGUUCCACGGUGGAUUUUCUUCCUCUCAAACAACAUGCAUCUCAUCCAGUAUGCCACCGAGGCUGAUGGCCCAGCACUCGCCAAAGUCAAUGUGGAAAGUUUCAGGGCCCGGCUUCUCCUUGGCCAGGUGUUUCCAGGGUCCAACAAUACUCUCCUACGGGAGUAUAAAACACACGUCGGGAUGAAACAUCUGGCCAAUCCCAAUAUGCACGUUCUCAAGAUCCACAGCGAGAACGGUGAAUUGGUCACAUAUAGCCGCUGGCAGCUUCCGGCUUCGUUCGGCCAGAGCCAGGUUCCUUUAAGUGACCAAGGUGCCUUGUCUGCCAAGGACCCUCUUGUGUACGCGCCACAGCCAAUGAAUACAGAGGCAUUUGCUGCCUUCAAGAAGAUACUAGAAGAGGGUCGUAAAAAGCACACAACAGAAGACGACAUAGUUCUGGAUCUGUUGGCCACUCUGCCUGAUUAUCAGGGCCAGGGGUAUGGCAAGACCAUUUUGAAAUGGGGCAUUGAGAAAGCAGACGCUACCAAGUCGCGCAUCUACCUAGAAGCCACUCCCGAGGGGGUUCCGGUCUACCUCAAAUACGGAUGGAGGCACAUGGAGGAGGUGACAAUGAACUUCGCGGACUAUGGAGGUGUUGGGGUCGAGUCGUAUUACCUGAUGAUCAGGGAUCCAAUUGCAUAG